AUGCUUGAGUUUUUUCAGAUGACACAGGCAUCUACCACUCGUAUUGUAAGAUCACUUUCCCAGGUUCCCAACUUGCGUGGCCUUAACUUGUCAUGGAACUGUUUAUCGUACAUUGGUAUGAAAGCUUUAAUUGAGAACCUACAUCAUGUAAAACAUUUAACCCGACUCGAGUUGUGUGGUGUCGAGAUUGGACAUCUCGAGUGUCAGUUACUUUCAACUUCAUUGAAGUAUAUUGGCAAUUUGGAAGUUCUUGAUUUGUCGGCAAACCCGCUUGCUCAUGGGAUUCCCGAACUCUGCAAACACCUGAACUGCGUCCCUCAUCUUAAUGAGCUGCGCCUGUACCAAACAAGCAUGGGUGAAGAGGAAGUCGCAGCUCUUGCGCAUGCGUUAAAGUAUGUUCCACAGCUGAGAACACUUGAGCUCUUUCAUAAUCCACUGGGUCGAGGAAUAGGUGAGCUGACCAAACACCUUAAAAGUACUCCUCGACUGCGAGUCUUGAGACUGACAUCUGUGCGGAUGACGCGCAAGGAAGCCAAAGACCUAUGCACUGAAGCGCUUCCAACCAGAAUCUUCCUUGACACGGAUUACCACGUAAGGGUUCUU